AUGACCAACAACCACAAACAUUUGAGGUGCAGUGUGGGUACUUAUUACGACGCAGACCAGGGAAGGUGUGUGUUGUGUCCUGCGGGGACGUACCAGGGUGAGGAGGGACGGACGUCCUGUGAGGUUUGUCCUGGACCUGAGGGAAGAGAAGUGUCGAAGGUGGUCGGUGCUCGAAACAUGUCGGAGUGUGCGGGUCAGUGUUCCCCAGGUCAAUACUCUCAUGACGGCUUCAUCCCCUGCCUGCCCUGUCCACUGGGGACGUACCAGCCGGAGGUGGGCCGCACCACCUGCUUCCCCUGUGGAGGGAAUCUGGUCACCAAGCGCAGCGGUGCAGUCACCUUUCAGGAGUGUGAGACCAAAGUCCAGUGCUCUCCAGGACAUUACUACAACACCAGCACACACCGCUGCAUCCGCUGUCCAAUGGGCACGUAUCAGGCGGAGUUUGGUCAGAACUACUGUGUGGCCUGCCCUGGAAAUACCACCACCGACUUUGAUGGCUCCACCAACAUCAUGCAAUGCAAAAACCGACAAUGUGGGGGACAGUUGGGAGACUUUACCGGCUACAUUGAGUCGCCCAACUACCCUGGGAACUAUCCGGCCAACAUCGAAUGCACUUGGACCAUCAACCCGCCGCCCAAACGUAGGAUCCUUAUCGUCGUCCCAGAAAUCUUCCUGCCGAUUGAGGAUGAGUGUGGAGACUACUUAGUAAUGAGAAAGAGCUCUCUGUCCAACUCUGUGACGACCUACGAGACUUGUCAGACGUAUGAACGUCCCAUCGCCUUCACCUCCCGCUCCAAGAGGCUUUGGAUACAGUUCAGGUCCAAUGAGGGAAACAGCGGGAAAGGCUUCCAGGUCCCAUAUGUGACAUACGAUGAGGACUACCAGGAGUUAAUAGAAGACAUUGUGAGAGAUGGAAGAUUAUAUGCUUCAGAGAAUCACCAGGAAAUUCUCAAGGACAAGAAGCUCAUGAAGGCGUUGUUCGAUGUGCUCGCUCACCCACAGAACUUCUUCAACUACACAGCUCAAGAAUCAAGAGAGAUGUUCCCUAAAUCCUUCAUCCGCUUCCUGCGUUCCAAAGUCCUGAGAUUCCUUCGCCCCUAAGAAGCGUCCUCACCAUGUGUCUGGGUUAUAGAUUAAAUACCGGCCACAGUAUCUGCUUUUUUCCAACUGGCCCCAAAAAACAGUAUUCUGAAGUUGCCUGUUUUCACCUGGAGGGAUGAGGGGACAACACAUUCUAUAAAAAAUGAUCCUGAGUUGGAAGUAGACAAGACAAGCAAGUUAAUUCAUAACUGGAGCUUUUAGAGGGAACAUAGAUCUAAAUGAGGAUUCCUCAGAAAUCGGGGUCUCUUCCCUUUGUUUGGAAAUUUGGAAACAUAUUUUUGAAAAUUGUAAAUUACUUUAUACCCUCUUUUAGAUUUUGAAGUCACUUCUCAUGAUUUACAAACUGCAAGUCUGUAUCUGAAUAUUGCUAAAUAUUCUACAACCCAUCAUUAUGAGACUUGUGAUUAUGAACAUUGUGAUUAAAAAACAAAUAUGGUAGCUAAACAGAUGAAUGUCAGCCAAUGUAUCUAUAGUUUUAACUUAGGCUACUUUCACAGGUAGAGACGAAAUCCUGCAAAAUGACAGAAACAAAUAUAGCACAACGUUUUCAUGGAGAAAUUAGUGCCACUAAAGAAGUAGUGGCACCACAAAAGCAAUUAUUCUGAUGAAUCUUUUGUAUAUGAUGUAAAAAGUUUUAGGUGAAACGCUAAUGUAAUGUAGCAACUACAUACAUUUGGACAGUAUAGCAUUGCUGCAACUGCUUGUGGCUUUUUUUGGGGGGUUUUCCCAAAAAAAAUAUAAAAAAUAACAGUGGCUUUUAUGCAUUUAUGAGACAUCAGCUGCCUCGCCAGUACCUGUCAGUACAUUUUGUAUUAUGAACUAGCAACCAAAGACAACCGCUCACUCUGCAGAAGGUCAGAGACCAUGAAAAAAACAAGGCAUCCUGUAAAAUAGAACUGAGCUAUUCACCUGUCUUAGAUGAUACGUGUAUGUAUAUUUUCUAUGGUUUUGUACAUCUAAUAUGCUGUAAAUAAAGAUAGGAAACUUA